GAUGAGGGAAAAGCGCUGGGUGCGAAGCCGCCGGGAGCCCGUCGGAUGCAUCGCGCCGGGGACGCGGCGUUUCUGCCGCUGCUCGCCCAGCGAGGCGACACGCCAGAAUUAGAGGCGAUUCAAUGUUCAAGCCCGGGGGGACUUGUACUACAGGAGGUCACUGGAGUGCAGAGUGCCCGGCUCCCAUUUCCAGCAAGAUGCCUUAUUUCACAAAACUCCUUUUAUUAAUCUUCUGCUUAGUUCUUCUUGUGGAAAGCAGAAAGCACAGGAGGAGGAGGUGGACGACCCAUCUGGAUGUGCAGAGGGCAAGCCACAUCUUUAAGAAGAAUCGCGACCUGACCAAAGCCUGGAAAGGAAAGACGGAGCAGCUUCUCAGAGUCGACGAACACGACUUCACCAUGCGGCCGGCCUUUGGAGGCCCUGCGAUCCCUGUUGGGGUGGAUGUGCAAGUUGAAAGCUUGGACAGUAUUUCUGAGGUUGACAUGGAUUUCACUAUGACCUUGUACUUAAGGCACUACUGGAAGGAUGAGCGUCUCUCAUUUCCCAGCACCAACAACAAGAGCAUGACCUUUGAUGGCAGGCUGGUGAAGAAGAUCUGGGUCCCUGAUGUCUUCUUCGUGCAUUCCAAGAGGUCCUUCAUUCAUGAUACCACCACGGACAACAUCAUGCUGCGAGUGUUCCCCGACGGGCACGUCCUCUACAGCAUGAGGGUCACAGUGACAGCAAUGUGCAACAUGGACUUCAGCCACUUCCCCCUGGACUCUCAGACAUGUUCUCUGGAGCUGGAAAGCUAUGCUUACACUGAUGAAGAUCUGAUGCUGUAUUGGAAAAAUGGGAAUGAAUCUCUGAAAACUGAUGAAAAAAUUUCUUUGUCUCAGUUUUUGAUACAAAAAUUCCACACCACAUCAAGACUGGCUUUCUACAGUAGCACAGGUUGGUACAAUCGCCUCUAUAUAAAUUUCACGUUACGCCGACACAUCUUUUUCUUCCUGCUCCAAACCUACUUCCCUGCCACUCUCAUGGUCAUGUUGUCCUGGGUGUCCUUCUGGAUUGACCGACGAGCAGUUCCUGCCAGAGUCUCUUUGGGGAUAACCACCGUGCUGACCAUGUCCACGAUCAUCACUGGGGUGAACGCCUCCAUGCCUCGUGUUUCCUACAUCAAAGCAGUGGACAUUUACCUGUGGGUCAGUUUUGUGUUUGUCUUCCUCUCGGUGUUGGAAUACGCAGCUGUGAAUUACCUGACAACGGUGCAAGAGAGGAAGGAGAGGAAACUGCGGGAGAGGUUUUCGUGUUCAUGUGGAAUACCUCACUCGAAAACUAUGAUGCUGGAUGGAAACUACAGUGAAUCUGAUGCCAACAGCCUGGCAGGAUAUACCAGAAACCAGAUGGUACCAGAAGAGGAGAAACCAGAAAAGACGGUUGUGCAUCUAGCUAUGAGCAAUGAAUCCAAUUCAUCAAGGAAGAGAGGCCUGAAGGGCCAUGUGGGCUUGCGCAUCAUCCAGAAUACCCAUGCAAUUGAUAAAUAUUCAAGGUUAAUAUUCCCAGGCACCUAUAUAUUUUUUAAUUUGAUAUAUUGGUCUGUAUUUAGCUAA